UGUAUAAAUAAUUGAAUCCUUGGAGACCUUCUGCCAAAAUCCAGAAGAGCUGCACGAAGUUACAAGCUCGCCGUUCGUGCCACAGGAAGUUUGACCCCUCGUUUUGAUUAAUAAGUGACAAGAUGGCGCACCUGGAUAACUGCACCCAGCCUUCCACACCCUCCCCACUUCGCGCACAGGCGGCGCAAAGCGGCGGGAACGCAUACUUGUACAUUUUAAUGGUCGUCACUUUCUACGGAGUCUUCCUGUGCGGCAUCAUGCUGGGCUACUUCCACUCCAAGAGAAAGGAGAAGAGGAGGACCAACAUCUUCACCCGCCUCGUGCACGAGGAGGAGCAGCGGGAGUGGGGGGCGCUCCCCAAGAAGCACAGCCUCUCCUUCACGGCGGAGGCCGCCGCGGGAGCGCGCUCGCUGAACCUGGCCUUGCCUUUCUGCGGUAACCACGGCAACCGCUUCGGUCAUCUUCGCCGCGAGGGCGCGCUGCCCUCUCCGCUCGCGUGCGCGCUCUGCACGGAGCAAAGCAGCGUCAGCUCCCUGUGCUCCUCCGCGGACACGCGCUUGGCCAUCGAGGAGGAGGAGUCGGACAGCGUCAGCGGGGAGGGGCCGGAGGAGACCCCCAAGGGGCGAGUGCAGAACAGUGGGGAGGACUCCGGGUGAAAAAAAAAAAAAAAACAACAACAAGGAAGGAAGCGCAACAAGCCCCGUCAGAAGUGAUGCUUAAAAAGCAGAGGUGGAACAAAAGCUGCUCACACUUUGUACUUAAGUUGAAUUACAGGUAAUUGUGUACCAAAAAAAAAAAAAAAAAGAGAGACUGUGUUUUAAAAGGGGCCUUCUGAUUCAACUCGUGGACUUAAAGUCAAUUCAGAUCCUGAAAAAGUAGAGAAUUUAAAAGUACAAAUACACUUUUCCUCUCAAUUGCAUACAACACAUUUGAUACUUGGCACAGCAACAAAAACACUGCUCACAAAAUAGUGAACCUCUGAUCAACUUGCAUCAUGCUCGUUCAAGGAGAAAAGGGGAAAAAAACAAAAACAAGACCGAGCUUGCACUAAGAUAAUCGGGACUGAACAAUUGUUCUGACACAUUCACAAAUGUAUCUAUACUGCAGAAAUAACAUCGUCUGUUUUGUUUUGCUGUCUGCUAUUGUGUGGAUGCAAAAUGGCUGCCAUAUCCCGGCACUUCAGAUCACAGUCGUUAUCCAGGAAAAUGGCGCUGUGUGGGAACUGCUUUUGUUUUCUAUACAUAUGCUUUAUUUAAUACAGAUUGGUGAUUCAAUUGCUUCAUUGUCUUAAUAAUGCAGUUUUGGAGUAGUGAACAGGAAAAACAAUCUCAAGCAGUCUUGCUUUGCUUUGUAAAACGCCAUUUCACUUGUGAUAGAGAUUGUAUAUAUUCUUUUUCUGUGCUGUUUAGUGCAUUUACAUUGAAAUAGCUCGAAAAUACGGACACCAAUUUGCCUUGAUAUGGAAUGCAUUAGUAUCUGGUGGCUUUUCUGAAAAAAAAAAAAAAAAAAAGACCACUUAGCUGGAUACAUUUGUAUUAUAUCCUGAAGAAUCUCCGCCUUGCCUCAUUGCAAAGGGGUUGAUGACUCAUCCUGCAGGUAUCUGAGGAAACCGCCGUCGUUUUUUUUUGGGGGGGGGGGCUUGCUGGACUGAAACAAAUAUUUUUGCCUUUACUCUGUUAUGCUCUAGUGACAACAUGCACCUGGGACACACUUGAAAGACUGUUAAUAGGCCUGUCUGUCUGUCAACAAAUGUAUGUUUUAGCUCCCUGACAUGCACUCUGGUAAUCUGUGGUGUAAAUUUGCAUGAUCAAUAUACGUAGUGCACAUUGUGAAUGGUAUUAUUUAUCACCAUGUGUGGCUUAAUUUAAGAGGUAGUGAGAAAAAUAAAUGGUUUACUUUGUACUUACA